AUGGACUCGGCCGUCUUGGACAACGGCCCCAGUUCCGCUUCCAACACUCCGACGCGCCGGCGUAUCCACGGCUUCUCCGACAAACACGUGGACGAAGCGCGCGCGUCGGGCUCGCUCCAGCGCGCAGUUUGGUCGAGCCUCGCGGAGAAGUCGUCGCGGCAAUGGACCCACACGUGGGAGAACACGGUCUUCUCCCCCGAGAAGAAGCUGGGCAACGUGCUGCUAACCACCGCUAACCACCUCCGGAGUGCGGCCAACCACGUGCAGGACUCGAUGGGUAGCGGGGGGAGCGGGUAUAAGGUUGGGGCGGGGGUUAAGACCGCGUUCUUGCUGUUGCUUCUGGUGGGGGUUGUUGGGGUUAGUUUGUAUGGAACGAAAGAGAGCGUUGAGGGGGAGUGGAGUGUGGGUGGAAGGAGGUUGCAAGCGGGAGGGGGUUUGAGGAGGGGACCGGAGCUGCCAAAACCAGUCCUGAGGAAAAAGUCAUUGCAUGCAAGGCGAUACCUAGCUGACAAAUUGCUCAUACCGGCACAAGACCCCGUGCCAGAAAGACUCAAACAGCUGGCGGGCAGCAAAAACAAAGCGCUUCGGAAGAUUCUGAUAGAUGGUGGCAAGGGGACGACAAACGGGCUGGACUCGUUGACUCCCCUCAACUCGACUUGCAAAGAUGGGAAGAGACUCAUCGUCGACCCAGUCCUUCCGGAGAGCAACGGUUAUCUCAUGGUUCAGCUAAACGGGGGCCUUAACCAGCAGAGGGCGUCUAUCGCAAACGCUGUCGCCGUUGCGUGGAUGCUGAACGCGACGCUAGUGCUCCCGUCGUUAAGGGAGAACGCCUUUUGGCAAGACAACAGCUCGUUCGCCGAAAUCUUCGACGUCGAACACUUCACGGACGUUCUUUCGGACACCGUCCGCGUCGCGUUCCAGCUGCCGAUGCCGCUCCAGUACAUCAAGGCGACCAAGAUCGACCCGCCCGCUGACGCGAGCGCCGAGUACUACCUGAAAGAAGUGCUGCCGGUGCUAAAAAGAGAACAGGUCGUCACGCUCAGGCCUUUCACCGACAGGUUGUCCCACACGGACGUCCCACCCGUUACGCAGUGGGUACGUUGCAAGGCCAACUUCGAAGCCCUUCGAUUGGCGCCCGCGCUCGAAGAGAUCGGGCGGCGCAUCGUGCAACGGCUGACGUUGUACGGACCGUUCGUGACGAUCCACCUGCGCUUCGAGGACGACAUCCUGGCGUGGUCCGGCUGCCGGUAUGACGUCAGCAGGAAGGAGCAGCAGAAGUUCAAGGACAUGCGCAAGAUGCUCGGGUGGUCGUACCGGGAGGAGCUGGGAUCACCGGAGGAGAAGCGAAGCGAAGGGCAGUGCCCGCUAACCCCGGAGGAAAUCGGGCGGUGGCUGCGCGGCCUCGGCUACUCGUCGCACGCGCAGAUCUACCUAGCGUCCGGCAAGAUCCACAACGAAGAGGAGUCGCUAGCCAAGCUGCGGACGAUCUUCCCCAAUCUGCGGCGGAAAGAGAACGACCUCAUGAGCCGCGAGGAGAUGGAGGUGUUCGGCGGGCACGCGUUCCAAAUGGCAGCGCUCGACUUCUACGUUGCCGCGCACAGCGACGUCUUCGUGGCCCCCUUCCCGAGCAACAUGGCGGACCUAGUGGUCGGGGAGCGCGUUUACACUCGGCGCCCCGGGCAGGUGCUGGUCCCCGAGGACCGCAAGGAGCUCACCCGUCUGCUCGACGACACUGACCUCAGCGAGGACGAGUUCGCGGCGCAGGUGAAAGCGCUCCGCAAGACGUCCAUGUCGAAAUUCGGCCCCGAGGGGCCGGUGUACAGUAACCCGCAGAGACCCGACUCGGUUUACGCUAACCCAAGGAAGCACUGCCAGUGCGACGACUCGGUUUCAGAGAUGUAG